CAGUAUCCAAGCAUCAUAUCAUUCAAUCUUACAUUAUCAGUUCAUCGUCAACAUGUCUUCUCCCAUUGUCCUCAUCUUCGGCGCUGGUGCCAAGGUCGGCAAAAGUGUCGCCCAAGCCUUCAGCGCAAAGGGCUACAGACUAGCUCUAGCCUCCCGAUCUCAAGAUCCAUCAACUUCCACCGCCAAAGAGCUCCAUAUUCCUACCGAUCUCAGCGACACCGAUUCGGUCUUCAAGGCCUUUGAAAAAGUCAGAAGCGAGUUUGGUCAUCCCCACGUCGUCAUCUACAACGCUUAUCAUGGCGGACAAAACGAUCCCAACGACAUUUUCCAAGUUCCCUUGGACAGCUUCAAGACAAGCGGGGCAGUCAACAUCUUUAGCGCUUACGCCGCGGCCCAAGAAGCUGUAAAAGGCUGGAAAGACUUCCCCAAAAACAGCAGCCCGACGUACAUUUACACUGGCAACAUUGAGAAUGAGAUGCGCAUUCCAUCGAUGGUGUCUCUAGGUGUUGGAAAGGCUGCGGCUGCUUGGUUCAUUGAGGUCGCUGCUACUUCAUACAAGGACCAUGGCUUCAAGUUUUACUAUGCCGAUGAGAGAAAGGAUGAUGGCUCGCCUAUGUAUAGUGGAGCAACUGCGGAAGGUCAUGCUCAGUUCUAUGUCGAACUCGCCGAGGGUAAGGAGCAGCAGGUUUGGCAGCAGACUUUUGUCUCUGGGCAAGGUUACAAGAAGUUCUGAUUGGACAUGUACUGCAAGAUGAGAAGCAAGGCUAGUAACGUAUCGUGUCUGUCAGCUCGGUUGAACACCCAAAUGCAAUUGAAAUCACUGAUAAUAAUUCUCG